GAAGCCCCACAAUGCAACGGGCUCUCUGGUAGAAGCAUUUCCCGCAUUGCAGGUCGCUUUGGCAACUCAUCAAGGAAGAGAGGCUGCUGCUGACUCUUGUAACGGGUGAAUGCGGGGCAGUAAAAAGAGGCAGCCCCAUGUCCACCGUGAUCCUCUGCCAAGCCGUCAGUUGAAAGCCAAGGAGAACGAUGCAGAAGUGCCUUUCCCUGGGAGCAAUGUUGUUGCUGGAGCACUCCUACUCUCUCCCACCCAGUCCAGCAGGUGACACCAGUAGAAAAUAUACCUGCCCGAUCUGUGGCGAGUGCUUUGCCUCCACGUUGGCUAUUGCCGGACACCAGAGAAUCCACACAGGAGAGAAGCCCCAGAAGACCAGUGAGAGUGGGGAAUGUUUUGGUCAGAGUUCAGGGCUUUCGAGCCACCAAAGAACCUGUCAAAGAGAAAAACCCUAUAAGUGUGCAAAGUGUGGGAAAACGUUUACUCAUCGAUCCGUCCUUCGGCUCCAUCAGAAUGUCCAUGCAGGAGACAACUCCUAUCACUGCUGGGAGUGUGGAGCGAAACAUUCCCGACUCUCGGAUUUUGUGAAGCAUCUCAGAGCCCACGCAAGAAUAAAACCAUACAAAUGCUUGGAGUGUGGGAAAUGUUUCCCCCAGAAUUCGCAGCUUUGUGAACACCAGAGAGUCCACACAGGAAAGAAACUACACAAAUACUUACAGUCUGAGACGAGCUUCUCUAGACGGCGGCAACUGGUGAGACGCCAGCAGAUCUAUAAGGGGGGGAAACCCUACAAGUGCAUUAAAUGUGGCAAGUCGUUUGCUCAGCGCACUGCCCUUGCAAUCCAUCGGAAGGGCCACUCAGCAAAGAAACUAUAUAAAUGCUUGGAGUGUUGGAAAUAUUUUCCUAGCCAAUCAUUUUUUGUGAAACAUCAGAGAAUCCACACAGGAUUCCACCAAUGUGAUGGGUGUGGGAAACGUUUUCUCUGGAGAUCACAGCUUAUUGUACACCAGAAAAUCCCCAAAGGAGAGAAAUGCCACAAAUGCAAUGAGUGUGAGUCAUACUUCUCCUGUAGGCCACAACUUGUUAUUCAUCAGCGAACCCAUUCAGGAGAAAAGCCUCAUAUGUGCUUGGAGUGUGGGAAAUGCUUCCCCACAAAAUCAGAUCUUGUUCAACACCAGAUAAUCCACCCAGGAAAGAAACCCUAUCAAUGCACAGAGUGUAGGAAAUGUUUUUUCGAUAAACCUGCCCUUUUGAGCCAUCAGAUGGUUCACAAUGGAGAGAGUCCCCAUAAAUGUGCCGAGUGUGGGGAAAGAUUUGUUUCGCCGGAAGAACUUGAAAUCCAUCAGGGAAUCCACACAGGAGAGAAACCCUACAAAUGCGUGGAAUGUGGAAAAUGUUUUGCCGGCCUAGCAGACCUUGAUGAACACCAGAGAGUGCACAUCAGAGAGGGGCCUUAUGAAUGUAGAGAUUGUGGGAAAUGUUUUUCUACUUCAUCACAUCUUAAUAGACAUAAGAAAGCCCACCCAGGAGAGCCAUAUAAAUGUUUGGACUGUGGAAAGGUAUUUUCUCAUUCACAUACCCUUAAGGGGCACCAGAAAAAACAUACAGCAGAGAGAUGCCAUGAAUGCUUGGAAUGUGGAAAAUGUUUUCCUAGGAAAUACAGUCUUAUGCUUCAUCAGAGAAUCCACACAGGGGAGAGGCCCUACAAAUGCUUAGAAUGUGGGGAAUGCUUUUCAAGGAGAGACGGUCUUGCAAAACAUCAGAGAGUCCACACAGGAGAGAUAUCCUAUAAAUGCACAGAGUGUGAGGAAUGUUUUACUAGUGAAUCACGGUUUAUCAUCCAUCAGAAGAGCCAUGCAGAAGAGCCUUACAAAUGUAUGGAAUGUGGAAAAUCCUUUCCUAAUAAUAUGAAGUUUCGUAGACACCAGAAAACUCAUACUAAACCGGAACGCUACAAAUGUGUGCAAUGUAGAAAAUUAUUUGCCAGCCCAGCAGACCUUGAUGAACACCAGAGAGUGCACAUAGGAGAGGGGCCUUAUAAAUGUGAAGAUUGUGGGAAACGUUUUUCUACUUCACCACGUCUUAUGAGACAUAAGAGAGUCCACCCAAGAAAGCCAUAUAAAUGUUUGGAAUGUGGAAUGAUAUUUUCUCAUUCACAUACCCUUAAGGGGCACCAGAAAAAACAUACAGUAGAUAGAUGCCACAAAUGCUUGGAAUGUGGGAAAUGUUUUUCUAGGAAACACUGUCUUAGGCUUCAUCAGAGAACCCACACAGGGGAGAAGCCCUACAAAUGCUUAGAAUGUGGGAAAUUCUUUUCGAGGAGAGACAGUCUUCUGAAACAUCGGAGAAUCCACACAGGAACGAUAUUCCAUAAAUGCACAGAGUGUGAGGAAUGUUUUGCUAGCGAAUGGCGGCUUAUCAUGCAUCAGAAGAGCCAUGCAGAAGAGCCCUACAAAUGUAUGGAAUGUGGAAAAUCCUUUCCUGAUAAUAAGAAGUUUCGUAGACACCAGAAAAUUCAUACUAAAUCGGAACCCUAGAAAGCAUAUCUCAUCAUCCCUAGGGCAAUCAAUACAGGAGACAAGCCCUACAAAUGCUUGGAGAGUGAAAAAUGUUUUACUGAAAAGUCAGGGCUUCUUAUACCCAAGAGAGUCCACACAGGAGAGAGGCCUUACCAGUGUGUAGAGUGUGGGAAAUGUUUCUCACAGAGGAACCUUAAA